AUGUCAUUUCUAGGUAAAGUGGCUCUUGCAUCGACUGAAUUAAUCAGAGAUGAAAGCACAUGCCGUGAAAAGAGCAAUAUAUUCAUCAUAUGGGGCACAGAAACGCGCGGUAACAGCGCAAAUGGCUCGCCACUAGAGCAGAAAGUACUGAUUAUAAGAGAACAGAAAGUCUCAAAAGGAGGACUUAUAAUAGCGGGCGGAAAUACUAACGACGAUAAAACAUGCGGUAAUAAUGCAUUAAGACUAAGAGCAAACAGUAACAGGAUAACGGAAGAAAGCGAGAGACGACGACAAGACUAUCGGGCUGAAGAAACGUGA